AUGGGUAUCGACUUUGGUCAGGCGAUUGGCACGGCUUGUGCGACAUUCGCCGUCACUAACGUCGAUGACAUUUUCGUUCUCGUCGCGUUCUUCGCAGAGGCUACGACGAGUCGCUCGCUCACGCCUGUCAAGAUCGCUAUCGGACAAUAUGUCGGCUUUACAGUCAUUGUUGCCGUGAGCAUGAUUGGCUAUGGCGCGUCGCUACUCAUUCCUGCUGAACCAAUUGGAUUUCUAGGCCUCUUGCCAAUAUUGCUGGGUAUAUGGCGGAUCCUGAGUUACAUCUUCAACAAGGAUGAGGAGGAGGAAGAGGCUCUGGAUCAAGAGUUGACGACUGCAGAUGGGUUCAAGGCUGUUUUCAAGGUCGCUUCCAUCACUGUCAUGAAUGGCGCCGACAAUAUCAGCACGUACAUUCCUCUCUUUGCUGAAGCAAAAGCUGGAGAGCUGGCGAUAUACAUCGUCGUCUACUACAUCAUGCUUGGCGUAUGGUGUUGUGCAGCAUAUCUCAUCAUGCGGCAGAAGCAUAUUCUGCACAUUGCACAGAAAUAUGCCCGCAGGAUGGUGCCGUUUCUGUAUGUUGGUCUCGGAAUCUUCAUCAUUGUGAACUCGGAGUGUUAUCCAUGGGCUAUUGAGGAAAUUGAUGAUGACAUUGCUUCACAUCCUGGCAAGAUCGUGAUGGGAGUCACGACUGCUGGUUUGUUGGCGAUUUGUAUCGGCGCCAUGCUUUGGAGGAAGUUGAGCCAGAGGUCGGAGGAGGUUUCUGUUGACAAUGAAUCGUCUGCUGUUGACGGUCAAAGAGGAUCACAAGGAGGACGAGACACGGCGCAACAAGCUGGGGAGCAAUCUGAAGUUUCCAGGGACGCAGGCGGCGUCGAUGAUCGUACGAACAAAACCGGAGUGCAAAUCAAGAAUGCCCCCUUUGACGUUCCCAGGGAGGGAAGCUCGGCGGUAUAA